AUGUCGUUGAAACAGGAAAUCGAGACCUGGGUGGCAGCCCUGGGCCGUUACGAUAACAAUGAAUUCGAAGAGGCCCUCAACGAGUUUGGAAAGAUUGGCGACACCAGCAAGAUCCUCUUCAACAUGGGCGUGAUCCAUGCCACACUCGGCGAGCAUGAGAAAGCUGUUGAGAGCUACCAACGAGCCAUUCGACUUGACCAAUACCUCGCCGUUGCUUACUUCCAGCAAGGCGUCUCGAAUUUCCUCCUCGGCGACUUUGAAGAAGCCCUCGCCAACUUCAACGACACACUCCUUUACCUCCGUGGCAAUGCCAUGAUCGACUACGCUCAGCUCGGUCUUCUAUUCAAACUCUACUCCUGCGAGGUGCUUUUCAACCGAGGUCUUUGCUACAUCUACUUACAGCAGAUGGAGGCUGGUAUGCAGGAUUUCUCCUAUGCUGUGAAGGAGAAGGUGGUGGAGGAUCACAAUGUUAUUGAUGAUGCUAUUAGAGAACAGGCCGAGGGUUAUACUGUCUUCUCAAUUCCUGUCGGAGUUGUCUACAGACCCAACGAAGCCAAAGUUCGAAACCUAAAGACAAAAGAUUAUCUUGGCAAAGCCAGACUUGUGGCAGCUUCAGACCGUGCCAAUGCCUUCACUGGAUUUGCAGGUUCUGAAAUCAAGAACGCUGGUAAGCUAGAGGUCAAGGAUGACCGGCCUGCCGACAACAUUUCCUUUGCCGCUACAAAUCUCGUCAAGCCUGGUCUUUCGUCUCGGAGACAACAAUCAGAACCUCCGAACAACCGAAAUGUAUUUCCGCCAACACCCCCACCCGAGAACGAGCGCCCAUCUCGUGCUGCUUCUGUUCGCGGUGGGAAGCCUCAGUUGGCUAAACUCAACAUACAGCAGGCCGAGCCAAACCGCCGCUAUGAGAAGGCAACUUCUCCACCAGAUAGCCGUUCUCGGCCCAUGCCCGCAAGAUCAGCGUCUGCUGCCAGUUCUAGAAUGAUGCAGAGGGAGCCUCAGCCUCUCCAGUUAAGACCCCGGCAGAUCCCAGAGGAGACAGGGUCACCAGAGGAUGUCUACGCCAUGUACCAGGGAGGUGAUCCUUACCGAAACUCAAGAGGGUCUACCGGCAGUCGACGCCAGAGACAACCACAGUAUUCUGAAGAGGAAGACGGAUCAGAUUAUGAGGGCACCAUCAACGAGAACGACUUCGAGAUGAUCGGUCAACGCCGAGGUCCAGGCUCUGUUUCAGGUCAACGUGGUAGCCGACGACCAGAGAUCACAAAGAUCCGUGUCAAGGUCCACGCUGAUGAAGUCAAACUCAUCAUGAUCGCUCCUGAUAUCAAAUACGAAACGCUAGCCGACAAGGUUCGCGAUAAGUUUAAUAUUAGGCGACGAUUUAAGAUUAAGGUUAAGGACGAAGACAUGCCCAAUGGGGACAUGAUUACAGUUGGCGACCAGGAUGACCUGGAGAUGGUGAUUGAUAGUGUCAAGGAGGAAGCAAAGAAACAACGAGCAGAGACUGGCAAGAUGGAGAUUUGGAUCUUUCAACUUUAG